AUGGGUGUCUUUUAUCACGAGGAACAAUCAAAUCCUUCCAGGAAAUGCAAGUUCUUUACUGCAACUUUGAAGGAUGCGUUUUCAAAUUGCCGGACUUGUCGCCGAGUUUCAGUUUCUAGCCCGGAGCUGGAGUACCCUGCCAGUGACUUGGAUGAUGAGCAGGAACUUGUUGUUUCAGCAGUUCGAAGCCGUGCCAUCGAGAAGUCAAGGCAAAGAUCUUUUGUUCUGACAGAUAGCUUUUCAUGGGUGUUUUCUCCGAGGACUGGGGAAUUGUACUUGGCUCCUAAGAUUUUUCAAGACAAGGAUGGUGAUGAUGAGGAGGUGGAUGAUGAAAGAGAAGAAUUUCUCUCUGUUGCAAGCCGUUUCUCAUGUUGUUCAAGUGCUUUGAGCAAGGAAGCCUUUGUUUCAGUGAAGACAAAUUUCUCCCGCUGUUCAAGCUUCAGUGAGGUUCUUGGGUUUCAAGAUUUUCCAAAGCGUUCCAUACUUCUGGAGUUGUGUCACUGCGAGGGAUGGCCAUUUGGUCUCUGCAGGAAGGCUGUGUUGCUUCCACCUUUGCCCAAAUCCCCUUCUGAAUCUUGGUCUUGGCGUAAAGGCAGCAGAAUAGUUAAGAUGGCCUGA